AUGGGCCCGCGGGGCCGCGAGCGUCGGUCGGGGGCGGUACAGAGCACGAACGACAGCAGCGCCCUCAGCAAGAGUUCCCUGGCCGCGCACGGGUACGUGCACGACCCCUUUGCCGCGUUGCUGGUUCCGGGGACCGCGCGCCGCGCGCCCCUCAUCCACCGCGGCUACUACGUCCGCGCACGCGCCGUGGGGCACUGCGUGCGCGCCUUCCUGGAACGGACGUGCGCGGCCCCCGGCGCUCCUCGCGCCCAGGUCGUAUCGCUGGGAGCCGGUUCAGAUUCGCUGUAUUUUCGCUUGAAAACCGAGGGCCGCCUGACCCGGGCUGCAGUCUGGGAAGUAGAUUUUCCGGACGUGGCCCGACGCAAAGCGGAGAGGAUUCAAGAUACGCCGGAACUGUGCGAGUUGACCGGGCCUUUCCAGAGCAGGGACCCCGCAUCCGUGCUGUGCUUUGAGAGCGCGGACUACCGCCUCCUAGGCCUGGACCUGCGGCAGCUCCCGCGAUUGGACCAGGCCUUGGCCGCCGCCGGCCUUGACGCGGCUGCACCCACGCUGCUCCUGGCUGAGGCCGUGCUGACCUAUCUGGAGCCGAAUGAUGCCGCGGCCCUCAUUGCCUGGGCAGCCCAGCGUUUUCCUGAUGCCCUGUUCGUGAUCUACGAGCAGAUGAGGCCACAUGAUGCCUUUGGUCAGUUCAUGCAGCAGCAUUUUCGGCAGCUCAGUUCUCCCCUGCAUGGUCUGGACCGCUUUCCCGACGUAGAGGCCCAGCAGCACCGCUUCCUUCAGGCGGGCUGGACUGAUUGUCGUGCCAUGGACAUGAAUGAAUUCUAUCGCUGCUUUCUCUCCUCAGAAGAAUGCCAGCGCGUGGAAAAUCUUGAACCUUUUGAUGAGUUUGAGGAGUGGCAUCUGAAGUGCGCCCACUAUUUCAUUCUGGCCGCUUCAACAGGAGACACUCUGUCCCAAACUCUGGUGUUUCCACUCUCGGAGGUGUUUCCUCGAGUGGAUCCUGCUUCUCCAUCAGGAGUCUUCCCUGCUAGAAUAGUCACUAGUGACAGCCAGGGCCGAAACCUUAAGAGAUAUGGGCAUGCCUCUGUCCUUUUGAGCCCAAGCAUUAUUCUUAGCACAGGAGGAUUUGGAGAGCAAGAGGGGCGGCAUUGCCGAGUGAGCAAGUUUCACUUGCUCUCGAGAUUUUGUGACUUUGAAUGGAAAGGCAACCAAAUAUGCUGUUGUGGGACCGGAGCCCUGUGGGAUGGACGCCUUUAUCACACCAUGACAAGACUUUCAGAUACUCAGGUUUUGGUUCUGGGAGGGAGACUGUCCCCAGUAACUCCAGCCUUGGGAAUUCUACAAGUUGGUGUUUGUAAGAGUGAGGACAACAGCACUGAGGACCUAAAUGUAACAGUAAAAAAGGCUGGCCCAGAAGAUUCCACGUUGUCAUGUUGGCGGCAUUCAACAACAGAAGUGUCCUAUGAAAAUCAGAAAUAUUUGUUUGUGUAUGGGGGUCGAAGUGUCGUGGAACCUGUACUAAGUGACUGGCAUUUCCUACAUAUGGGGACAAUGGCUUGGGUCAGUAUCCCAGUGGAGGGAGAAGCACCUGAAGGUCGGCAUUCACACAGUGCCUGCAGCUGGCAAGGGGGAGCCGUUAUUGCUGGAGGUCUGGGUGUUUCUGAGGAGCCACUGAGCUCUGUACUCUUUCUAAAACCAAGCUCUUGUGGAUUCCUCUGGGAAUCAAUAGUCAUCCAGCCUCCCAUUACUCCAAGGUACUCCCACACAGCUCAUGUGCUCAAUGGGAAGCUUCUACUGGUUGGAGGGGUCUGGAUUCAUUCCUCCUCAGUUCCUGGAGUGACUGUAAUUGAUUUAACUACAGGAUUGAGCUCUGAGUAUCAGAUUGACACAACAUGUGUGCCAUGGCCGUUAAUGUUACACAAUCAUACCAGCAUCCUCCUUCCUGAAGAGCAACAGCUCUUGCUCCUUGGAGGUGGUGGGAACUGCUUUUCCUUUGGCACCUACUUCAACCCCCAUAUAGUGACAUUAGACCUUUCUUCCUUAAGUGCUGGAGAGUCGGACUGAGCUUUUGAUAUAUUUAGGACACACUAACAUAGACCAUUAAAGGUUUCCACAAAUAGGAUUUGACUGUGGACAUUACCACUCCUUCCUUCCCCCUUUUCUUCUCAUUAGCACUGCUAUCCACUGCAGAAAGUGAAAGAAGUUGUUAAAACAUAACAGAGAGAUGGUACAAAAGUAAAACAUAAGUAGGCCUAUCUGAAGAGAAUACAGUCCUAGAGUAGGAAUUGGGGCGGGGGGCGGGGUGGUGGUGGUUUGGAUUCCUUUGUGUCUAGUUUAUUGGUUUUCCUCAUCUAAGUUUACUCAUUUAUUUAGAAUGACCCUUAGCCUAAGGCAAGUGAAAAAUUUCCCUCUGUCAGGCUUUGUGAUUUGAGAUGUUACUUUGAAAAAGUUUAACACAGAUCCUUGGUAAGAAUACAAGGUCAAUACUCACAGCAGUCCCAGUGGCACAGCGGUUUAGCGCCGCCUGCAGCCUGGAGUGUGAUCCUGGAUAUCUGGGAUUGAGUCCCAUGUCAGGCUCCCUGCAUGGAGCCUGCUUUUUCCUCCCCGCCCCCCUCUGUCUCUAUGAAUAAAUAAAAUCUUAAAAAAAAAAACACACACAACAAGGUUGAUACUCUGGUUUCUCUGCAUAUUACAUAAAUCUUUUGCUUUUUACUAAAGAUUUCUGUGGAGAGGUAAUGAGUUGUUUUUGUUUUAAGAUUUAUUUAUUUAUUUAUGAUAGACACAGAGAAAGAGAGGCAGAGACACAGGAGGAGGGAGAAGCAGGUUCCAUGCCAGGAGCCCGAUGCGGGACUCAAUCCCGGGUCUCCAGGAUCGCACCCUGGGCCAAAGGCAGGCGCUAAACCGCUGAGCCACCCAGGGAUCCCCGUAAUGAGUUUUUAGCCAAUUUUUGAGGCCUUGUUUUUAGGAGGCUAUCUUGAAAGAAUACAAGGUUGAAUAUAGCUGAAGGGACAUGAUUUGACCUCAUUCUUCAUGUAUGAAAUCUGAAACGGACUCAGUUACAGUUUGAUUAAAGCAUUGUGCCAUUUAGUGCAGCGCAGAACAGGGAUAGCUUUAGUAAGACACAUUGGUUAGACUUUAUUGAAAAAUAGGGCUUUUUUUUUUGCCACUGGUUCCAUAUUAUUUAGAUUUAUAAUGCUAAUAAGCCAAACAUUUGAUGCCUCAACUUAUUUUCUACAUGGUUAGCUAAUGUUUUGCUCCAGAUCUAGUCUCUAUCCUUUAGUAUGGAGAACAUAGUAUGUUCUGUGCUGACCUUAUGGACUAUAAAAAAGUUUUCUUGUCCUCAAGUUUCUGGUGAAUUCUACCAGUCAGGCACCAGAGGGAGGGUGGUUGGGCAGGAAGAAUGGGUCAGGAUACUCUGUUUCCUCUGCCAAUCUGCAAGUUAGCAGUGGAUGCAUUCUCUGUCAAAGGCUACACAGCUCCUGUCCUACAGUUCUCUCCAAUAAGAUAUGGUCCUAAUUCUGCAUUACUCCAGGUUCCAGUAAUUGUUCUUCCUUACCACUUUAGGCUUAGGAGUUCUAAUGGCUCUCUUAGACCUGAGCUGCACUGUCCAAUAUAGCAGCCAUUAGUCACAUAUGGCUAUUUAAACUUUAAGAUAAAAUGAAGAAUUCAGUGACUUAGUUGCAUUAAUCAAUUUUUUAAAACAUGUAUUUAGGAGAGCACAUGAGAGUGGGCAGAGGGGGAGAGAGAGAAUCUCAAGCAGCAAAUUCCCCACUGAGUGUGAGCCUGACAUGGGGCUCAAAUCCCAUGAUCCUGAGAUCAUAACCUGAGCUGAAAUCAAGAGUCAGAGGCUUAACCCUUCCAAGUCACCUAGGCACCUCUCAUUAAUCAAUUUUAAGUGCUCAAUAGCCACAUAUAGCUAACGUCAAUGGUAUUAGUGUAGAUGUAGAACAUUUCUAUUUUUGAGAAAGAUCUGGACAGCGGCACCUGGGUGGCUCAGUGAUUGAGCGUCUGCCUUUGGCCUAGGUUGUAAUCCCAGGGUCCUGGGAUUGAGUCCCACUUCAGGCUUCCUGCAGGGAGUCUGCUUCUCCUUCUGCUUAUGUCUCUGCCUCUCUGUGUCUCUCAUGAAUAAAUAAAUAAUAUCUUAAAAAAAAAGAUCUGGACAUCUGAGAUAUUUCACCAUCCUGACUUGGUUUCCCUUAAUCCUAUUCACUUUUAAUUAAAGUAUCUUCAUUAAAGUCUUCUCAAUUA